GCUGCCGGGAAAGAUGGAUCGGCACCGGCCUCGGCUGCACCACCCGAAGCAGGGCUUGGCCUCCGGGGCCCCCUACCCCUCCUCAGGCUCUCUCCGUAGCUGCCGGGAAAGCAAGAUGCCGAGCAGGAAGGGCCCCCAGCAUCCCCCACUCCGCGGCGCGGAGGAACCUGGAGAGAAACGCCCCAAGUUUCAUUUAAAUAUUAGGACACUGACGGAUGAUAUGCUGGACAAAUUUGCCAGCAUAAGAAUUCCAGGGAGCAAGAAAGAGAGACCUCCACUUUCCAACCUGAAGACUGCGUUUGCCAACAAUGAUUGCUCUUCAGAGACGAUGGAAAACAUCCCAAAGCCACUGUCAGAGAAUGAAGUCUUAAAACUCUUUGAAAAGAUGAUGGAAGAUAUGAAUUUAAAUGAAGAUAAGAAGGCACCAUUGCGGGAAAAGGACUUCAGCAUCAAAAAAGAAAUGGUGAUGCAGUACAUUAAUACUGCUUCCAAGACAGGAAGUCUUAAGAGCAGGCGACAGAUCUCACCUCAGGAAUUCAUCCAUGAACUGAAAAUGGGGUCCGCCGAUGAGAGACUCGUCACGUGCCUGGAGUCCCUGCGCGUGUCUUUGACUAGUAAUCCUGUCAGUUGGGUAGAAAGUUUUGGACAUGAGGGACUUGGAUUAUUACUGGACAUUUUGGAAAAACUGAUUAGUGGCAAAAUACAAGAAAAAAUUGUAAAGAAGAAUCAGCAUAAAGUCAUACAGUGUCUAAAGGCUUUGAUGAAUACACAGUAUGGCUUGGAAAGAAUUAUGAGUGAAGAGAGGAGUCUCUCUCUGUUAGCCAGAGCCAUCGAUCCCAGGCACCCAAGUAUGAUGACAGAUGUGGUUAAGCUCCUGUCUGCAGUAUGCAUCGUAGGGGAGGAAAGCAUCCUUGAAGAUGUUUUAGAAGCUUUAACAUCAGCUGGAGAAGAAAGAAAAAUUGACAGAUUUUCAUCUAUUGUGGAAGGUCUUCAGCAUGAUUCAUCUCAACUGCAGGUAGCGUGUAUGCAACUCAUCAAUGCCCUUGUUACAUCUCCUGAUGAUUUGGACUUCAGGCUUCACAUCAGAAAUGAAUUUAUGCGUUGUGGAUUGAAAGAGAUAUUGCCAAGUUUAAAAUGUCUGAAGAAUGACGGCUUGGAUAUCCAACUUAAAGUCUUCGAUGAGCAUAAGGAAGAGGAUUUGCUUGAGCUCUCCCAUCGCCUUGAAGAGAUUAGAGCUGAGAUUGAUGAAGCAUAUGAUAUUUACAACAUGGUGUGGAACACAGUUAAGGAAACUAGAGCAGAAGGAUAUUUCAUUUCCAUUCUUCAGCAUCUUUUGCUGAUUCGAAAUGAUUAUUUUAUAAGGCAACAGUACUUCAAAUUAAUUGAUGAGUGUGUAUCCCAGAUUGUAUUGCACAGAGAUGGGAUGGAUCCAGACUUCACAUAUAGGAAGAGACUAGAUUUAGAUUUAAGUCAAUUUGUUGAUACUUGCGUAGAUCAAGCAAAGCUAGAAGAGUUUGAAGAGAAAGCAUCAGAAUUUUACAAGAAAUUUGAAAAAGAGUUUACCGACCACCAAGAAACUCAGGCUCAACUGCAGAAAAAAGAAGCAAAGAUUAAUGAACUUCAAGCAGAGUUACAAGCUUUUAAGUCACAGUUUGGUGCUUUGCCUGCUGAUACAAGUAACUCUUUGCCGCUGUCGAAAGAAAAUGGAUCUGGCCCCCCAGCACUUGCUCCGUCCCUGCCCCUGCCCUCUUGUGGAGGAGUGCCUCCUCCUCCACCUCCCCCUCCGCCUCCUCCCCUUCCCGGGAUGCCCCUGCCCUUUGGAGGUCCUGUGCCUCCACCACCUCCCCUGGGACUUUUCAGUGGGCGAACCUCUCCUCCUCCACCAACCCUACCCUUUGGGUUAAAACCAAAGAAAGAAUUUAAACCUGAAACCAGCAUGAGAAGAUUGAAUUGGUUAAAGAUCAGACCUCAGGAAAUGACCGAAAACUGUUUCUGGAUUAAAGCAAAUGAAAAUAAGUAUGAAAAUGUGGAUUUGCUAUGUAAACUCGAGAAUACGUUCUGUUGCCAACAAAAAGAGAGAAGAGAAGAGGAAGAUUUGGAAGAGAAGAAAGCUAUUAAGAAAAAAAUUAAAGAGCUUAAGUUUUUAGAUUCUAAAAUCGCCCAGAACCUUUCAAUCUUCCUGAGCUCUUUUCGGGUGCCGUAUGAGGAAAUCAAAAUGAUGAUAUUGGAAGUGGAUGAAACACAGUUGGCAGAGGCUAUGAUUCAGAACCUAAUAAAGCAUCUUCCGGAUCAAGAACAAUUAAGUUCACUGUCUCAGUUCAAGAGUGACUAUAACAACUUAUGUGAACCCGAGCAGUUUGCUGUUGUGAUGAGCAAUGUGAAGAGACUACGGCCACGGCUCAGUGCUAUUCUCUUUAAGCUUCAGUUUGAAGAGCAGGUGAACAACAUCAAACCUGACAUCAUGGCUGUCAGUGCUGCCUGCGAGGAGCUAAGGAAGAGCAAAAGCUUUAGCAAGUUGCUGGAACUUGUGUUGCUAAUGGGAAACUACAUGAACGCCGGCUCCCGGAAUGCUCAAACCUUCGGAUUUAACCUUAGCUCUCUCUGUAAACUAAAGGACACGAAAUCUGCAGAUCAGAAAACAACACUACUUCAUUUUCUGGUGGAAAUAUGUGAAGAGAAGUACCCUGAUAUCCUGAUUUUUGUGGAUGAUUUGGAACAUUUAGACAAAGCUAGUAAAGUCUCUGUAGAAACGCUGGAAAAGAAUUUGAAGCAGAUGGGAAGGCAGCUACAACAGCUUGAGAAAGAUUUGGAAACCUUUCCCCCUCCUGAGGACUUGCAUGAUAAGUUUGUGACAAAGAUGUCCAGCUUUGUUAUCAGUGCAAAGGAACAAUACGAGAAACUUUUAAAGUUACAUGAAAACAUGGAGAAGUUAUACCAGAGUGUGAUGGGCUACUACGCCAUUGAUGUGAAGAAGGUGUCUGUGGAAGACUUUUUUAAUGACUUGAAUAACUUCAGAACGACAUUCAUGCAAGCGAGAAAGGAGAAUAUCAAAAAAAGAGAAGCAGAGGAAAGGGAAAAACGUGCCCAAAUAGCCAAAGAAUUAGCAGAGAAAGAAAGACUUGAACGCCAACAAAAGAAAAAGCAUUUGUUAGAAAUGAAGACUGAGGGUGAUGAGACAGGAGUGAUGGAUAGUCUGCUGGAGGCAUUGCAGUCGGGGGCUGCCUUCCGCGACCGAAGAAAAAGGACACCAAAGCCAAAAGAUAUUCGGCAGAGUUUCAGUCCCAUGUCUCAGAGGCCUGUUCUGAAAGUUUGUAGCCAUGAAAACCAGAAAGUGCCGUUGACAGAAGGGUCACGUUCACACUACAAUAUCAAUUGCAACUCAACGAGGACUCCAGUCGCCAAGGAGCUUAAUUAUAAUCUAGACACUCAUACGUCUACAGAGAGGAUCAAGGCAGUUGAGAAGAAGGAAGCCUGUAAUGUGGAAAGCAACAGAAAAAAGGAAAUGGAACUUCUUGGCUCUGUUUCUAAAAACGAAUCUGUUCCCGAAGUUGAAGCCCUGCUGGCAAGAUUACGAGCUUUAUAAAUUAAACUGGUAAAAAAUGAUUAAGCCAAAUAUAAAGCCAUGCUCUACGCUAUAACACUUGAAAAAAAUUGCUUUUUAUAUAAGUGACUUUAUAUAGUUUAAAUUAUGAUAUAUAUUAGAAAACUAAAGCUCACUACAUGAUUGCAAUGCUUUUCCUAUGUACUUGAGGAUUUGGCUUAUUCAAGAUUAUAAUGGGUUUUAAUGCUU